CUAUUGCACAAGAAAGUUCCUCAGCUUUGUGUAAGCAUAUACGAAUAUGCAACUUCAGUUAAAAGUAAAAUGAAUUUAUUUUGGGUCAUCUUUCUUAUACUUAAAAAAAAAAAAAAAAAAAAGAGAAGCAUCUAACGUAUGACAGAAGUUGCAUAUUUGUUUACUUGACCCAAAAUAAUUUCAUUUUGCUUUUUUCACAGGGGAGUGUCUGGUGGCGGCGUAUCGCGAGCCACUGCAACGGGGGAGGUGAAUCCUGAAGUAACGAAUAGACCUCAUCAAUACGAUCAAUUUAUUGCCGAGGUCGCCGCCAUACCUGAGGAAGACAGUGCAGCCGAAUCAAUGUCCACACAGAGGGGGGACUUAUCUGCAUUGGGGAACAUUCGCGAGUCAACCACCACGCUUAAAACCACUAUACCUGAACCAGUCACAAUACGAAUGACAACCAUCGCGCCAGAAUUAGUCAUAAAUAAAGGGCACACUACAUCAGAAACAAUCACUAUAGCCCAAGACACUGCACGAGAUUCGGUCACUUCAUCGAAAGCAGACACUAUACCAGAACCAGUCACCACAACCAGGACAGGCACAGCACCACAGUCAGGCACCACACCUGUCAUAGACCGUGUGGGACUAACAACACUUAGCGAAGACGUUCUAAACGUGACCAAAAUGCUGGACCUACAGCGUUAUAGUGAGCUUCAAAUCAACGUAGAGAAGAGCACUACAGAUGUACCCGGGGAACAAAUCCCGGAAAGUGAGGGUGAUAGUGACACAAUCGUGGAAAACACCGAGAGAAUGGUGAUUAGUGUAGUGAAAAGAGACACUCUCGCGCUAAGCCGUCGGGGGAGGAGGAGGAAGAGGGAGAGACUUUACACGGAAAUGAUCUUGCACGACUCGACGGCGUCCAGGAGAGUCAGGCACCGCAGGCACAAAAACGCACAAAUGGCAACCAUCACCGACGAUCAGAAUGAGAUUCCGAACGAUCUGGUAUUUUCACAACUUGAGAAGGAAAUGCCAGACGAAGGAUACCACUGGCAGGAUUUCGUCGCACCGAGUGAGGAGACGGAUCACAACAUCCAGACAAAUUUAUUUAUGUCGCCGAUCGAAGGAAGUCAUCCGGAAAACUCCCCCAAACUUUCCGUUCCUACAGAUUAUGUCCCACUUCAUCUUGAUAAUCAGCAGUUUCUCCUUACCCCCGAGCCGUCAAGCGAACAGCCGGGGAAAGGCCCGCUGACGCAGUAUCCUCUGAUCAAGAGACAGAAGCCCAAUUUCUAUUCAAAAUUGAGCGUUGCUGACAGGGAGACAUAUAGGAGAAAAAUGAAUUUCAAGGGAUAUGAAAAGAAGCAUGAAACCCAGACUGAAAGCUCGAGGUCAAUAAUUCAAAGUGACGUUGAGGACAUACCUAAUGAACUUGGUUUUACAGAAAGUGACAGUUACUUUGAGAAUGACCUGAAUAAUUACAUAGGCUCACCAGUGACUAUGUCAAACGUUGUGCCUCUCACACAGAUAGAAUCCCCGACAUUCGCUCCAAAUUCACAGGUUUCUAGGCCAGUGGCAACCAUAUCUACCACUGAAGCCCUGCCUGAUGUACAUAUGACAACUGUACCCUCCAGCACUGCCUCAGUUACCAUACCGGUGAACGUACGACCUUCCACAACAUUAACAGCAACUGAGACGACAGUGGCUACAACUGAAACUUUGACAAAAUCUUCAACAGUAGUAACUUCGACCAACGCCCCGUCAACUUCAUCUUCUGAUAUGGAUGGAGUAAUCGCUGGUCCAUCUUACUCGGAAAACAUAUCCACAACCAGUACUACAACAGUUGACAUACUUGUGGAUUCCGACACACCUCUAAAAACCACAGCUCCUCGGUCCAUCACUACGACUCCUCCUUCUACUUUCACAAUGGCUCCCAAAGGAAACGAAACCGGAAAUGAAUACUCAGAGGAAGACGGAUCUCAGACAGGCACGGAUGAAACGGAGUCGGAAGCAGAGACGGACCAAGAUGAAGAGAAAGAUACGAGCUUCUUGGUCCCUGCUUUCAUACCUGCUAAGCUUCCCUUCGGUCCUUUCAUACCUAACAGGAAGAAGACAAAGAACACAAGAAUGAAAACAAAACUCUGGGGAGUCAUGCCCAAAAACAAGGUGUUUUCGAUGCACCCAGACGGGAAGGAAAACGGAAAGAAGGCUGGAGACUUUAUGAUCAAUGUUCUUUCACCUCUUUUUGGGCUGGGAAACAAAAAGUCGCGGUCAAAGAAUCGCAAAAUCCUCCUGGAAUAUGACAAUGAGAGGAGCCACAACGAGGAGCUUUACAACAGCAUUGGAGGCUCGUUUAUGCCGACCGUCGACGAGGAGGUCGAGCGCCAAACCACGGCUUACCCAUAUAUACCCUUCGUGCGCCACCAGAAGCACAGAAUGUUCACCAGCAGCAAACUCCACGGCGGAUUCGCGUUUAUUGACAGAAUGAAGGGUCGCGAGGACCCGCCACUCGUCCUCAGGCCGCAGGAAGGCGAGUCUGCAACCCGCAGCCAGAAUCUGGUCGUUUUGGGCCACGUGGGAGACGACGCGAUAAUGGAAACACUGAGAGCGUGUACACAGUACUCGAUCUUUAACUUAACCGACCACUAUAACAUAGCUGAACUCACUCGAGACUCUUCGAACCCCGAACGUCAGCUCAUUGUAUACUUGAACCUAAAAAGUAUAAAUUACGAAGGAUACAGCAUUGUCUUGGAAAGAGCGAAGAGGAUCCUAGACCAUCUGUCCUUCACCCACGGCGGGCUAACCCUGUUCAGCGUCAUACCAAACGACGAAGACUCCAUCAACACCACACGGAGCAAAGAAGUAAAGACCUUCCUCCUGGCACUGAACGACGACGUCCUUGACUACUGCGCUCGCGACUAUCCUUCUUGCUAUGGCACGACCAACCUGGAGCCCAUCCUGCAGAACCUCGAGCGCGGCUACCAUAAGGACACCGGCUUCGACAUCUACGACGCAAGCGGCCGCACCCGCGGGACCUGCGCCUCCAACGAGGUGUGCGGCACCGAGAGCCCCACCAUCGUUACCAAUCCCAGCGCAGACCUUAGCACAGAACAAACCCUGACGGACCUUGGGAACGCAGUCUGUCGUUCCACCGACCAUAUCAUGCUGGAACUCAUAGCCAAUAUGCCCACUUACGACUUCGAUGACUAUGCGAGGGCUUUCGAGAACGUGAAGAUUGAGAGCGACAGGCAGAAAACACCAGCGAUGACGAAACUUACUUUCUUUUCCUUGAGACAUCUCAAAAAAAGGAAAAAAAAAAAAAAUAAAUGUCUUCCACGGGCCGCUUCCUCUCCUCACAUACCUCUUUACCGUUGCAGGGUACGAGCACAGACGGGCCUGGUACUACACGACAUCCUCCCGAGGGACCUAAAGCAGUACGACAAGAACCGACCGCCUAAAUACGAAGGCCACGCGACCAUUGUGUACUUCCACGUCACCGUCCUCUCCGUGGACUCUAUCGAUGAGGAGUCGAUGACGUACGUGGCAGACAUCUUCCUGGCGCAGAGCUGGCGUGACCAUCGCCUGCGGCUGCCGGAGAACAUGACAGAGGAAUACCGCAUCUUGGACGUCGAAUGGCUCCACAACAUCUGGCGUCCUGACUGUUUCUUCAAGAACGCCAAGAAAGUGACCUUCCACGAGAUGUCGGUGCCGAACCACUACCUCUGGCUUUAUCACGAUAAGACGCUACUGUACAUGGCCAAGUUAACUCUGGUGUUGUCCUGUGCCAUGAAAUUCGAAGCCUACCCGCAUGACACGCAGAUAUGUUCUAUGAUGAUCGAAAGCUUGUCGCACACAACGCACGACCUGGUAUUCAAAUGGAACGAGACGGACCCUUUGGUCGUGAAUCCGGACAUCGAGUUGCCACAACUGGACAUUUCUCGCAACAACACGGAGGACUGCACUCUCACCUACUCCACAGGCAAUUUCACGUGUCUGGCCGUGGUGUUCAACCUGCGGCGUCGCCUGGGGUAUCACCUGUUCCACACCUACGUCCCCUCCGCCAUCACCGUCGUCAUGUCCUGGAUCUCCUUCUGGAUCAAGCCCGAGGCCAUCCCCGCUCGGGUCACCCUCGGCGUCACGUCGCUCCUCACGCUCGCCACACAGAACCAACAGUCGCAGUCGUCGUUACCUCCCGUGUCGUACAUCAAGGCCAUUGACGUGUGGAUGUCGUCGUGCACAGUGUUCGUGUUCGCUUCGUUGCUUCAGUUUGGUCUCGUGAACUAUUUCAUGGACGCCGAGCCACUCACGAAGGAUAUGACAGGGUACUCUGUCGAGGACCUCACCGAUCUGGAUGACAAGAAGUCAGAGGACGGUAGAGCGAACGGCUACUCUCGAAGUCGAAGCAGAAGUCGAAGCCGCUUGAGAGCGCAUAGUCCCGGAGUGCCACAGUAUGUCGUCCACCGCUGCACGGGAAAGGACAUCGCGAUAUACAUUGACAAAUUUUCGCGAUUCUUCUUCCCCUUUGCCUUCUUCAUCUUAAAUGUGUCGUACUGGACCACUUACGGUACCAUGUGAGGUCCCUUAGUUAAUAUGGCCGUUAGUGGUACUAUUUCAAAUUGUAUUUUUUCCCAUUGUUAUUUCAGUGACGCGUAUUUUGUUUUGCAUAAAUAGCGUCACUGUUCAGCUGAUUCUCCAGUACGCCAAGAUUCGGAUGUACAGAAGUAAUUCUUGUACUCGACUAACUUCUGUAACCGGCUUCUUCAUAUGUGUACUGAGUGCAAGUUCCUAGAAAACUGUUUAUUACAGGAAGGAUGCUUGGUCAGUGUCCGUACAGACUGAAAUGUGUGAAGGAAAGUUUUAUACUUGACUAGUCAGUCGCCACCAUGAAGCAAUAAGCAAGAUUAAUGAAGAUACAUAUAUGUAGGUGACCCGCUGCACACGGUCUUCUCAUAAAACGUGAUUAAUGCAUUAUCUUUGUACAGUCUUGAGUGUGAAUUACAACAAUGGCAUAUGCAUAUGUAUAUAGAUAUAUCUGUGUGUGUGUGUGAAUGAAUGAAUUAAUGAAUGGAUGAGAGUGAGGGUCUGUGUCUGAAUAUUACAUAUAUUACACACACACACACACAUAUAUAUAUAUAUUUAUAUA